AACAGUUAAGUUCUUGAAUACAUAGACUCCGCGCUCAUUGUGCAAAAGAAAAACAUGACUGCCGAAGUAACUCUGGAUAAUUUCCCAACACUGAAACUAGACCAUGUUUAUAUUAAGGAUAAAAAAAGUCUAUUAAAAAUAAUAAACACAAUUUUGAAAGAUGGAAGUAAUUCUUUACAGGUAGUUACUGAUUUUGAUUUAACUUUAACAAAGCAACAUAUCAAUGGAAAGAAGAUUCUUACUAGUUUUGGAAUCUUUAGUAGGUGCAAGCAACUUCCAGAAACAUACAAAGAAAAAUCAAAUCAUCUUUAUAAAAAAUAUAGACCAAUUGAAAUAGAUCCUAAUUUAUCAAUUGGUAUAAAAUCAAAAGCAAUGUCAGAUUGGAUACUUGCAGCUGAGGAAAUAAUGAAAGGAAUACCUUUUAAUCCUAAUGAAAUUCCAGAAGUAUGCAAGAAUUAUGGACCAGAUUUGAGGGAUCGUACCAAAGACCUUUUAAAAAUGUUGUAUCUUGCUGAAAUUCCAAUACUAGUCUUUAGUGCUGGAUUAGGAGAUAUUGUUCAAGCUAUGCUAAAAGACCGAGAUGUUCUAUUUAAUAAUAUAAAGAUAAUUUCAAAUUUUCUCAAAUAUAAAGAUGAAAAAUUGGCAGGAUUUCAAAAUGAAAAACUAAUUCAUGUUUUCAAUAAGAACGAACAUGCAAUAGAGCAAGAUUAUUUAAGAUUUCUUGAAGGAAGAAAAAAUAUUCUUUUAAUGGGUGAUACCAUAGGAGAUGCAUCAAUGGCUGAUGGAAUAGAAAAUACACGUGCUGUAUUAAAAAUUGGGUUUCUUUAUGAAAAUGUUGAAAAUAGUCUGUUUUCAUAUAUGGAAGAAUUUGAUAUUGUCUUGGUUGAUGAUCAAACGAUGCAAGUUCCAAUUGAUAUAUUACGAUUAUUAUAA